AUGUCUGCCUUCAAGCCAAAGACACCCAUUGGUCCCGACACUUACGCCGUCAUCAUGCCAGGUGUAACCUCCAAAACUCAAGCAUUGGCUGAACGAUUGUUGUCAAAGAACCAUCAAGAAUUCCACAUCUUUUUCAACGAGAAGAAAUUCCACAACCAUCUUACCCACCAUUUGUUGGCCGCUUAUUCUUUGGGAGCCACUCCCGAGCGAUUGCAGGAAAUUUACGAUUCACACGCUUCAUUCCAGCGCCAUUUGACACCGCCGCAGGGUGAAUCAUUGACGCGUGAAAACUAUCAAUCGGCCCUCGGGAAAGCCGAUGAAUAUGUACGUUUUUUACGCUUGUUCACAGAAGAGAUCCAAUCGCACGGCGUGGUCGACACCGUCCGUCGCUGGGUGUGGAGCGGCGACAUGCUUGCACGAACGGUGGGUGGUGCUUUCCAUCCUAUAAUUCACAUCGGCUAUGGUCUGGAGUUUGAUUUGGCCGGUCAAGUCGCCGAAGGGUUGGCCCUGGCAGCCGUUACUAAUUCCACCUUCUCCCCCAUCAUUCCCGGUUACGAAUCCGUGAAAACAAAGUCUUUCCUUAUUCCUAAACAAGCCGCUUCCGUUGCCGCCACAGCCAGCAGUUCGGCCAUGGACAUGGUGUCACACCUGACCACCCAAAUGAGCACCCAAUUAGGUUUCGGUUCCAAAUCUUCCGGUUCGGAGUCCGAAAAGACAGCGUCUUUGCAGGAUCACAUUGAGAGUAAUUCGAUCAUGAAAAUUGUGCGUGCCAUGCAGCAAGACAGUGCGUUUGACGGUGUCGUGAACUUUGAUGACUCCAAUAAGCUGGGAAACGUCUUGGCCGACGAAAAGUGCGUGUCCAAGUUGAAGGAAUACUUGGCACAAUGGAAGGUGGAAGAAAACGCAAAGGAUGUCCAAACCAAGUACAAGGAUCUCUAUACGGCAGCAGUCAUCAUCUAUGGUGCCAGUGGUAUGCGUGAAGGCAAGGUCAAGCUCGACUUUUUCUUGAUGCAUGGUGUCACUUCCAGCAGUUUCAUUCAACACGUCCUCCCUUACGUUACUCCCAGCGAAGGUGCCGCCCUUUUACGGGCCGAAGCCGCCGCCCUCUUGGGUUUAUAUGUUGCCCGUGGUCGUCCUAGUCUUCAAAUCGAUUUGUUGCUCAACUACAAGUCUCCCAACUGUUCCACUGACAGCCACAAUCCAUGGCUUACCGUGAUUGACAAAUCCUUGGAUUGCAAGGAAGAACACGUGAUCAAGACCGUCCGUGCUUGUGCUCUUGGUCAAAUUCGUUGGGGCGAUUGCGAAGACGACGAUCUCAGCAAGAUUUGGCUCCAUGGUGCGCAAGUGGCCGUUGACCAGAACGGUGUGUGGGAUCGUAAAGGUCUCGGUUUCAUUGAAACCUGGGAAGAUUAA